AUGGUGUUAGCAGAGACCUGCCAGGAACACCAUGCGGGAGGGAACUUCCGCUGUGACUGUGGCAAUAGCAAAUUCAAAAAUCUGCAGUGCAAGUUACUCCCAGAAAAGGGCAAGGUGAAUUCAGGAAAUAAGUAUAAUGACAAUUUCUACGGAUUAUACUGUACUUGUAAAAGACCUUACCCUGAUCCUGAAGAUGAGAUUCCAGAUGAGAUGAUCCAAUGCAUAGUUUGUGAAGACUGGUUCCAUGGAAGGCAUCUUGGUGCAGUUCCCCCUGAAAGUGGAGACUUCCAUGAAAUGGUAUGCCAAGCCUGCAUGAAUCACUGCCAUUUCCUGUGGGCCUAUGCACCGCAAUUAGCAGUUCCUGCUUUGACUAAAGUGAACUCCCUUGAAGAUGAAGGGAUUGUCCUGAAGGUUGAGGAAAGUGAAGAGCAGAAAAAAGAAAUUAAAAAAGAAAGUGGUGUGGAACACCAAGAAACAAAGGAGGAAAAGCAAACGGAACAGUUUAAUGAACCAUCCACUAGCUCUGGGUCUGCCUGUCCAGAGGUAGUUACUAAGAGCGAGGAGCCAGUCUGCAAGCUGAGAGAACUUCAAAGCAAGCAAUUUUUAAAAAAAGAUACUGCCACCUUUUGGCCAUUGAACUGGAGAAGCAAAUUAUGCACCUGUGAAGACUGUUUGAAAAUGUAUUCAGAGCUUGAAGUCCAGUUCCUGACAGAUGAAUGUGACACUGUCUUGGCUUACGAAAAUAAAGGUACCAGUGACCAAGAAACAGAGAGGAGAGAUCCUUUAAUGGACACUCUUAACAGCAUGAACAGAGUCCAGCAAGUAGAACUCAUCUGUGAAUACAAUGAUUUAAAGACAGAACUGACUGACUAUCUCAGAAGAUUUGCAGAUGAGGGAACGGUGGUUAAAAGAGAAGACAUUCAGCACUUCUUUGAAGAAUUUCAGUCACGGAAAAGACGACGGACUAACAGGAUGCAGUACUACUGUAGUUAGACUGAGAGGGUUUGGGUCUGAAAGGACAACUGGGAAAACAAUACUCAUUGGCAAACAGAAGAGGCAUCUUGGCUUCUCAUCAAAAUCCAACUGUCCAAGAAAUAUCUUCAUUUUAUCUCAUACUUCCUUUAGUUGUAGCGACUAAAACACAUUCUUAACAGGUACACAGCAUUUAUAGGGAUU